CACAACCAAGCGUCGGACAUCAGCAUCGCGCGUCAUGUCGUUGUCCAAGCCCGAGGAGCUGCUGGCCCACGAGCUGAGCUGCCCCAUCUGCCUCCAGCUCUUCUCCGACCCGGUGGUUCUCCCCUGCGGCCACAACUACUGCCUGGCCUGCAUCCGCAUGACCGCCGACUCCACGGACGACGCGCCUCCGCGCUGCCCGGAGUGUCGCGAUGAGUACCAGGGCGUGGAGACCCUGAAGAGGAACUUCAAGCUCUGCAGCAUCAUCGAGGGCUACCGAGCCGCCGCCGCCGCCGCCGAGACGCGCGCAGACGAGCCCGACAGCGCGGCGGAGGCGCCGUGCUCCGGCCGGGAGACGGAGUGGGACGCCAAGAGCUGCGCCACCCACCGGCGUCCAAUCGAGUACUUCUGUUCCGACGACAUGAGCCUGAUGUGCGGCGUGUGCUUCUCUGAGGGCCGCCACUGCAACCACGACGUGCUCACCCUCGAGGCGGCGGAGGAGGAGAUGAGGCGCGCGCUGGAGAACCGCAGCACGCUGGUUUCGCAGAGGCUGCACAUGACCGAGAGUCUCCUUCAGGUGACGGCGAAGGAGCAGGGAGCAGCUGAAGCCAUCGGGAACAAACUGGCCAACAAGGCGGUCACUGUCAUGGAGAGUAUGGCUGCUCUAGUGGACGGGUACAGGGACUGUCUGCGUCUGCUGUUGGAGGAGGAGAAGAACAUGCGCAGGAAAAGCUGGCAGGUGGGACUGGAUGCUCUGGAAGUGCAACAGCAGCAGUUAGUGCAGGCCCAGCAACGUGCCACGCAGGCCCUCAGCGAGACGGACACGUGCACCUUCAUGCAAAGGUUCAUGCAGAUCGAACCUAAGCUGAGAGAAGUUGCCACAGGCGCCUUUCCCUCCGGCGUCCCCUCGAAAGCACCGCUCAACCCCAAGCGUCUCCAGGCGGGCCUCAAAACCCAAGACUUCCGCUCUGAGAUGACCCGCCACCUGGAUUCCCUCCACAUACUCCUGAACCCCCUGGAGCUCACCUUCAACCUCUGCACCGCCCACCCCAACCUGUUGGUCUCCAGCGAUCAGCGCACGGUCAAGUACAGCCCCGUCAAGCAGACGUACCCGGAUCACUCAGAGCGCUUCACAAGCGCCCCCCAGAUUCUCUGCACCCAGGGGUUCUCGGGGGGGGAGCACGUGUGGGUGGUGGAGGUGGGGGGCAGCAGCAUGUGGUCGAUGGGCGUGUGUUACAAGAGCAUCCCUCGCCGCGGGGAUCACAGUCGUCUGGGUCACAACUCCGUUUCCUGGCGGCUGCAGUGGAAAAACGGCAAGCUGACGGUGUGCCAGUCCUCCUGCAACGUGGCUCUGGGGGAAAUGAGCCAUCAUCCACUGAGGGUUGAGGUAGCGCUGGACUACGAGGCAGGGACGCUGAUGUUCCACAACGUCAGAGGGCGCAGGGAGCACCUGCACACUUUCAGGGCGGUGUUCAGAGAGCCGCUUUAUCCAGCGUUCAGCAUGCAUUCACACACACCGGAGUCCUGGAUCACACUGCACAAUGGGAUGUAAUUAAAUCACUGGUAACGGGCCAGGGAAUUCCUCUGGAUUCAAAUUACAAUUUUUCAUAAUUGUGACUACAACAGUUAUUUUAGCACAUAAGAAAUAUUUACAGUAUCUUACGGUUCUCUUCCUUUUUUUUUAAUAAUCUGUCACAGCUCUCGAUCUUUAUCUGCUGAGUAUGAGCGUACCAGGAAUUUUUUCAACGUUAUUUUGUCCGAUAUGCAACGGUUCAUGUUUUCAUUUGUCUGUGCAUUGGAAGUCAACUGAAUAUCUCUGGAACGUUGUUUGUUUUCCUUUGUGCUUUCUUUACGUUUAGUAAACAUUGAUGCUGGCAGUUCAGCUGGAUUCAAGACAUGUUAUGAUAAUGCCUGUGUAUCCAUAUUAAUAUAUUUGUCAGUUUUCCAUGGUU